UGAAAGAAUAAAGAUGAAAUUAGUCGGACCAAUCAAUACUUUUUAUUAUUUUAUUGACCCACUAUAAUUUUACUCUCUUUCUCUCUCAUUCAUAUUUCAUUUCCUAAAAUAAAACAAAGAUAUUACAUUAUUUAUUAUGGUUAAAAGUGCAAUUCAUUUACAUAGUUAUAGGAAUUAUACCAAACACUAGAAUUGGAAAUGAAAUUCAAUAAAAAUAAAAAAUGAAAUUCCAUUUCCAUUUUCAUUUCUUCCCAAAUUAUAUCAAACAACAUGUAAAAGAACCGAGGGUAAAUAAAAUAUAGGUUAGGGAAAAAGGUUUGCUUGCCGCCGAGAAAAGGACAGUAUGGUCAGUUCGUUUAACCGGGUCGGACCCCACCUGAUUAAUCAAACCAAACAAAAAUAAGCUUAUGGUUCGUUCCACAAAUAGGAGUGAACCCAUGUUUUGCCCAUCUUUUAUGGUUUUCCGGGUUUGCGGGGGAAAAAAUCCCAAGUUACACAUGUUUUUAAAAAAAAUUCUCAAAAUACACAUGUUAUGAAAAUAAUUCCCAAUCUACACAUGUUUGGGCCUUCACCGCGUCAGAGAAGGGCGGUGAUUGCUUCACCGCGUGAGAGCAAAACGGUGAUUGCUUCACCGCGUGAGAGCAAAACGGUGACUGCUUCACCGUGGGAGAGCAAAACGGUGAUUGCUUCACCGCGUGAGAGCAAAACGGUGAAGCACUGAACUGCGUCCAAACUUUAAAACAACGUAACUUUGUGCUCGGUUAUCCGAUCGUAGCGAAUUUUUUUUUGAUUCCGCAUAAUUUUUCGAGAUCUUGCAAGCCGCAAACUGCCGGAGGCGGUCUGGUCCCGCCUUCGUCUCGAAAAAAUGUCGUUUGCUACCCCGAACGAGCCUUUUUUCGAUUUCGUCAAACUUUGAACGACCAUAACUUUGUGCUCCACAAUCCAAAAAUCAUGAAUUUUUUUUUUUGAUUUCGCAUAACUUUUUAAGGACUACAAUUUUUAUCAUAGACAUAAUUUCGGAAUGUACUUGGAUUCCUGAAAAGGGAAGGUAAAGUUAUUCCCAAAACCCCUUAUAUCCAUAAAUAAUUCAUUUUUUGAAAAUUCUCUCCUACUAAAAAUUGUAGUCCUUAAAAAGUUAUGCGGAAUCAAAAAAAAAAUUCAUGAUUUUUGGAUUGUGGAGCACAAAGUUAUGGUCGUUCAAAGUUUGACGAAAUCGAAAAAAGGCUCGUUCGGGGUAGCAAACGACAUUUUUUCGAGACGAAGGCGGGACCAGACCGCCUCCGGCAGUUUGCGGCUUGCAAGAUCUCGAAAAAUUAUGCGGAAUCAAAAAAAAAUUCGCUACGAUCGGAUAACCGAGCACAAAGUUACGUUGUUUUAAAGUUUGGACGCAGUUCAGUGCUUCACCGUUUUGCUCUCACGCGGUGAAGCAGUCACCGUUUUAGUUUGAAACGGUGAUGCUCAAACAUGUGUACUUUUGGAUUUUUUUUUAUAACUUAUGUAUUUUGGGAAUUUUUUUUAAGAACUAGUGUACUUUGGGAUUUUUUCCGUUUGCGGGGGCCAUUAGAUAAUCCGGCAACGUUGAACCGCCGGAGCCCCACAUUUCCCUUACCCGGUGCGGUUUCAUCAUUGAUGGUGAGUAGAGUGGAGAACAAUUCGGUUUGGUCCCUUUUCAAAUCGAACCAAAUUGAUUUUAGAAUUGACUCGGAUCGAGUAUAUUUUUGUUUGAUGUUGAUACAAAUUAUCUUAAUAUGAAGAAAAGUUAAUUAAAAUUGAAUUUUCAACGAAUCUAAUCAAAUCAUAAUCAUACAUGCUUUUGAUUCAGUUCUGAUUCUCAAUUUUCUUUCGAUUUUUGAAUCGGUUCUAUCCUGAUUCAAUCCGGAUCAAAUUCAUCAAUGCCAACCCUUAAUGGUGGUAGUUCAUUUUGACAAAUUUAGGAUUGUUGUGCUUUGUGUGUGUGGGAAUUGUUGUGCUAUUUCAUUUAAUCUUUGUGAUGGAGUAUGUAUUUGUUUAAUUGGACCUUGUCAUGUACGCCGCAUAGGUUGUUUGGAGUCAUAAAAAACUAGAACCACAUCAAAGAUAAAGUUGUUUAUGCUUGACAAUUUGUAAGAUUUUGUUCGAAUUAAACAAAAUUUAUGUUUGCGAAAACUUGGGAGUUUUUUUAUGGAUUGAACAAGAGGUUAGAAACCGUUACUAGAGGCAAAAUCAGAAAUUUGAAUGAGAAGUGGUAAAUAUAUAAGCUUAAGAUAUUUGAAUAGUGAUAAUUAUGAGAAUGAGAGGAGGGUUAAAGCAUUAACAACUACUCUAUUUUUUUAAAUCUAACAACAAACUUUACUUAUAAUUUUACACAUAUUUCAAAGUUGAGGGAUUGAGAUUAUAGCGCCUUGUACCUUCAACUAAACUCAGCCAUUGCUCUUGGUGAUGAAGUUAGGCUUGUUUUGGCACACCAACAUCGCAUCUAAGAUAAAGCGAAGGGUUGACAUGGUUGAGACCUAAAUCGUGCAUAUGAUUUGGAAUUGGUUGGAGAAACUAGGGUCAAGCUUUUCGAGGUGGUCAAACUUGCCUAUGAACUUCGAUGUUGAGUGCAAAAGUGUAGGAAUAGGGCAAUUUUACUUAAAAAAAAACUAUGGGUUAUACGAAGCAGUUGAUACUGAUGUGAUAAUCUUUUUAUGAUAGGGUAUUAUUCAUAAGUUUGUUCAUUCUUAAUACGUUGAGGUGUCAAAACUCACUCAUACUUUGCUCAUUCUUGACGAGUAUGAAGUUAUCGAGAGUCGAGACUACUCUAAAGAUUUGAGUUCUAUUAUAUUUCAUUCUUUUGCUAUUUGCUGAUACGUCCGAUUUAACCACUAAAAAAAUCUCGUGAAUUCGACUUUUUUUUUUGCCAUUCUUUGAUAAUUAAACCCUUCAAUGUAAGGCCAUCAAAGUCAUUGACCAAACACUCCCCUAAGGACCGGACCGGACCCUCUCCCCCUUCCCUCUCUCUGCUGCAGUCUUCAUCUGAUUCCCCUCUGCUUCUUCUUCCCUCUCCUCUGCUUACUUCACAAGUUCACUUCCCAUUAGCGGCUCUCAGCAACAAAAUCAUUAAUUUUCAUUAUCCCCUCCAUUCUUUACUCCCUUUUUCUUUUGUUUUAUUCUAUUUUCUUCGCAAACUCCAUCUAUUCUCUUCCUCUGUUUUCUUUUCCCCCUUCCCUGUAGACUCCCUCUGCCUCUCUCUCUCCUUCCACCUGCCUCUUAUCACCACACGAGUAACUCACUAGAGAAGCCAUUAACAGCGAAACACAGAGAAAAAGAGGGGGCAAAAGGGAACAAAAAGAACAGGGAAGUGGAUUAAAAAAAAAAACAGAGGGAUGAUUCUUCAUCGCCAUACCUCGACCUCUGCUUCUUUGUCUUCCUCCCUUCAUCGCUCAACUUCACAGAUUCAACUCCCCAGCAAAUUUCCUGCUCCGUUUUCUUGGAUCUGAUUGAGAAAGUAGAGAAAGUAAAAGAAAAGUCUGCAGCUUUUUUGAAGUUUUUUUUUAUUCUUUAUUCCUCUGUUUCCGAUGGAGUCAGAUCUUCAGCAUCUUCACCACCAGCAGCAAUCGAACCAGAAGCAAAUGAAUUCCGGCGGAGGUGGACUGACGAGGUACCAAUCGGCUCCGGGCUCCUACUUCACCAGCUACCUGGAAAAAGAGCUCUGCGACGAGCUCUUGAACCGCCCUUCCAGCCCGGAAACAGAGAGGUUCUUCGCCAGAUUUUUAGCCAACACCGCCAGCUCCGACGGGUUGCAACCCGACCCGGUUCUCGCCCCGGUUAAGCAAGGCUCUCCCCCUUUACAACAAGGGAUGGAUGAUUACUCUUCCGGGCCGCAGAGUUUCUACUCGCCGCCUCCGCCUCCGCCGCCAAGCAGCCAGUCUCGCCCGCCAUUGCCGUCGGCUCCGGCCAUGGAUUACAGCCGCUUGCCUCCGACUCCGCCACCACCAUCAUCGAAAUCUGGCGGUGGGAACAACUCGUCGAAUCUCGUCAGGCACAGCAGCUCCCCUGCUGGGCUUUUCUCCAAUAUCAACAUUGAGUUCGAAAAUGGGUAUGCUGUGAUUAGAGGGAUGGGAGAUUUUGUUGGGAAUAGGGAGUCUUCAGGGAGGAUGAGUCCAAUAGCUGAGAUUGAUACCAAGGACAACAUUAUUGAAGCCAUUAACAGUAGUAGAGCAGAGAGCUCGUCGGAUUUCGGGGAAGCUCAUCAUCCUGGAAACUAUGUUGGUACUACUACUGGGCACCCCAUGGAUUCUUGGGAUGAUUCUGGGAUCAUGAAGGGUGGGCUCUCUGAGGAUGACAGAACUUUCUCUGGUCUCAACGAUUCUCAGAUUGAGGAGGGAGGAGGGAACCGUCCACCAAUGUUGGCACAUCACUUGAGCCUGCCCAAGACGGCGGCAGAGAUGUCGGCUCUGGAGAAGCUGCUGCAUCUUCAAGAUUCCGUGCCUUGCAAGAUUCGAGCCAAGCGAGGUUGCGCCACUCAUCCAAGAAGCAUCGCUGAGAGGGUGAGAAGAACACGAAUCAGCGAACGAAUGAGGAAGUUGCAAGACUUGGUGCCAAACAUGGACAAGCAAACCAAUACGGCAGACAUGCUAGAUUUGGCCGUUGACUAUAUCAAAGAUCUCCAAACACAAGUAAAGGUGAUGGCAGAUUCUCGAGCCAAAUGUACGUGUACAAGUAUGCAUCAGUCAUAGCAGAAAAAAGACCCUAAACAGAAAGGGGAUCAGCUUCAAUUUCCUGGCUAAGCCAUAUAUAUGUAUACAAUUAAUAAGAAUUGUCUGCCUUCUACCCAUGAAAAUUUGAACAAAAAGAAAGGGUUUUGACUUUUGAUGAUAGAAAGAAGCAGAUUAUUAAAAGCUAUAUAGCAGGAGCUUUGGUAAUAUUUAUAUGUUGUGAAAAAGGGUAAUAUUCAAGGCAGAAAAUAGAAGAUGAACAGAAGAAGUUGUACAGUGAUUAACUUGGCCUGUUGUAGACUUGUUAGUGUUCUUGUGACAUAAUUAUAGUUAUCAUCAUUCCCUUUUCCAUUUCCCACUUAGAUUUUGGAGCAUGAAACGAAGCUUAUGCCUCCAAAUGAUGUGAUUCGUGUAAGAAUGCAUAGGGCUAAGAUUAUGAUGAAGAUUAACUGAGAGUCGAAUCGAUCAUCUCAAAGUUAUCGUAUUGAUGGUGAUGUUGCUAGGUUAAUGAUCUGGUGGUUCUGAUUUAAACGUUAUGCUUGGAACCCUUUAUGUCCUUUCCAACUUUGUGUGAUGGAUAGGGAAAAAGGUUUGAUCUUUCCAUAGUUUCUUGGCAUUCGUUUUGGUGUUGAUACAAAAUAGGGAGAAAAAAAAAAAAAAAAGGAGCGUGGAAAGGGUAAUGUGAAGCUUUAAAGGUUUGUGGAUGGGGGACUAACUUUUUAAUUUAAUUUAUUUUUCUUUUGGUUUCAAUAAUAACUGGGAAAUUGACAGGAGAGAAAUUAGUGUCCACUACUUUAUCAACAAUAAUUUGGUUCAAAUGACGACUACUUGAUACAAAAAGGAGAUAUUCCAAGCACAAAAUGCUCUUUGGUUAGGGUGUUUGGUUGACUUUUUUGUCAAUUUUGUUAUUUCAACUCGAUUUGAAAUUGUCAUGAAUUCAUUGCUGCGACUGCGUUGAUUUAAGAGAAAAUAAGCAUAACACUCGAUGUAAUACGAAUUGUGGUUGUAUCAAUCAUACCAUCUAAUUAGGGAACUCAACUAUUUAAUUUCGGUUUACUAACCCUUGUUCAUCAUAGUGUGUAUUCAUGUGAUUUAGAAAUAUGUUUUUUGAGUUAUUAGAUAUUGAAAAUAUCUCGCUAUUUAUCCGUAAUGACUAUAAAUUGCGCUUUCAAACUUUUUAUGCCUUUAUAACUCUACAAUACUUCAUCACCACCCUAUUACUAAUCAGUCUAUCUCUGAUUUACAUAUUGACUAUCAUAUUCCCUAAAUAUUAUUGGAUGUGGGGAAGAAUGAAGUGACAUAGUAACGAGAGGGUGGUAUAGUUAGAUAGACUAUCAAUUUAUUUGAUUGAUCCACUUAAAUUGAAUGAUAUAACAACGGAGUAAUUAAUAAAGUUCCCAUAUUAUGAUAAACAAAAUAGGAUAAUGUAU